UCGUGCUGCGGUCACACCCGGCAUUGCCUCAAAAAAGCAUCAUCAUUGCCUGCGCUGCGAAGACUGAAAGGGAGCCGAAAAGCUAAAGUAUUCCGCCAAUACCUCUGCUGUUGAACCGAACGCAAAGAUGUCCUCGCGCUACGAUCGAGCUGUAACCAUAUUCUCGCCGGACGGCCACCUCCUGCAGGUCGAGUACGCCCAGGAGGCCGUUCGCAAGGGAUCCACAGCGGUUGGAGUACGCGGCGCCAACUGCGUGGUCCUCGGCGUGGAGAAGAAGUCGGUGGCCAAGCUGCAGGAGGAUCGCACGGUGCGCAAGAUCUGCAUGCUCGACCACCACGUUGUGAUGGCCUUUGCCGGCCUCACCGCCGAUGCCCGCAUCCUCAUAAAUCGCGCCCAGGUGGAGUGCCAGAGCCAUCGCCUGAAUGUCGAGGAUCCGGUGACCCUCGAGUACAUAACCAGAUACAUUGCCCAGCUGAAGCAAAAGUACACGCAGAGCAAUGGCCGCCGUCCCUUUGGCAUUUCCUGCCUGAUCGGCGGCUUCGAUGCCGAUGGCUCUGCCCACCUCUUCCAGACCGAACCGUCCGGCAUUUUCUACGAGUACAAGGCCAACGCCACCGGCCGUUCGGCGAAGGUGGUGCGCGAGUUCUUCGAGAAGGCCUACAAGGAGGAGGACGUGGCCACCGAGCGCGGCGCCGUCAAGCUGGCCAUUCGCGCCCUCCUGGAGGUCGCCCAGUCCGGUCAGAACAAUCUCGAGGUGGCCAUCAUGGAGAACGGCAUGCCGCUGAAGAUGCUGGACAGCAAGGUGAUUGCCGAGUACGUUAAGAUCAUCGAGAAGGAGAAGGAGGAGGAGCUCGAGAAGAAGAAACAGAAGAAGUAACAUCCAGCGCUUCUUCUGCGGUGGAAGGCCUUCGCUUUGAAAUGUUUUCCAAGUCGAUCCGGCGACACAAUUGUAUUUGGGUUGCCCACACAUUAUGUCUGCUCAGGGCGGCAGAUCGAGAUCGAGUCUUGGAAAACGCUUCAAAUCCCAGCUUCGGUUGCCCGAAUGCACUCGCUUUUUUUUAAUUACCCCUUUUCUAUUCUUCGAAACUUUGUAUAACGGUAUGAAACUAAUUGAUUUGUAUAAAAUACAUGCGUCAUCAUACAUUAAACGGAAUUUCUGUUGGACCCUUGAA